UACGUGCUUCGGCGACUACUGUCGCAUACCUGUAUAGCUGUAUAACACAGGAACGUAGCCCGUCUUCCGUUUGCAGUUUAUCCGCAGCAGUCUAUCCGCAACAGUCUAUCUUUACAUGUUAGCGCCCUAAGCGCAGCAAACAUUACGGGUAGCCUGAUGGCUUUAUGGCGGCGGAUUAUGGCUUUACCGGUGGUGUCUCUUCUAGUCGCUUUCAUCGUAACACUGACAGGUGCAACGAACUGUACGUUUGAGAACAAGACAGUAUGUGACUGGAUGAUUCGAGGAGGUUGGAGAUUAUCUCAAGCAAUGGCUUUAUCGGACUAUGCAAUAGACAGAACUUACUUGAGCUCCAAUGGUCACAUCUUAGCAUUUGAUUAUCAGUCUUAUGGUGCUUCCUAUGCUAGUCCAUUUAUCUAUUUUCCGUCUUCUUCUUGUGCUCUUUCUUUCUACUACCGCCCUCCUGUGGAUAUAGCAGCAUCAUUUGGUGUAUCACUUGUUUCAAGUAAUGGAAAGAGCAGUACUGUGUGGAAUGUUACAUGGCCUGGCUCUUUCAAUCGGACAGAGUGCAACUCAACCUGGUUGUGGCAUCUUGUUAGUAUUAAUGUUCCUCAAUUUGUACAUCCUUUCCAAGUUGUAUUUGAAGCUCAAUCUAAUAUUUCUAAUAAUUCAACGACAAAUGGCUGUGCAGUUUUAGCCAUUGAUGAUAUCAAGGUUACUGGCUGUGAUCCAGUUGAUCCUCAAAUAUCAACUUCUAUGCCACUGAUGGUGGUCAAAGAAGGAAAUCAAUUCAACUUGUCAGUGGUGGUCACUGGUGUUCCCUAUCCAACUGUCUCUUGGCUCAGAAACAAUGUUCCUCUUGUAAGUGAUGGUCGUGUUACUGUACACACUGGAGGCGAAGUUGUGCAAGUAGAGCAUGCCAACUUGCAUGAUACUGGUGUCUUUCUUGCUAAUGCAUCAUCCGGUGAUCAGUGGGUGUCCCAAACAGUGGAGGUUACAGUCUAUGUUCCUCCGUUUACUCAUGACAAGCCAGGAAAUCACACAAUAACUCAAGGCAGCAAUUUGACUCUGGACUGUCCUGUUGAGGGACAUCCUAAGUUGACGUUUGUAUGGUUUUAUGGAGAUGAUGUGGUCCCUUUGUCCAAUCAAACACGAUCUCGACUACAUUUGUAUAAUGUUCAGUUUAUUCAGCAAGGAAACUACUCGUGUGCUGCUUUGAAUCUAUUUGGACAGGCAGCCUGGUGGAGUUUGGUGUAUGUGCAAGUGCCGCCUGUUAUUGUGAACACCUCGUUUGGCAUGCAAGUGUUGGUUCCUGUUGAUGGAGUUGUUCUCAGUUGCACUGCAGCUGGACAGCCAUCUCCAGUGAUGUCAUGGGAUAUUGUCAGUGGUGUUUCACCAAUUAUAUUGAUGAUUGGUCAGACUUAUGACGGAUACAGUGUGCUGAAAGAUGGUUCUUUGGAGGUGCAAAGCAGCUCGACGUUGAUUAAGUCUACUGUGAAAUGUGUAGCACAAAAUGGUGCAGGUUAUGAUCAAAGUCAGACUACAACUGUUUUAAUUCAAGUCAAUGGUAUGUGGUCAGCUUGGGUUGACUGGUCUGAGUGUUCAGUGACUUGUGGGUCACAACAACAAAGACGAACAAGAACUUGUUCGAAUCCUCAACCUCAGAAUGGAGGAAGUGUUUGUAUGGGAAAUGCGACACAGGCUCGUGAAUGUCCCUUACGGGUUCCUUGUCCAAUUGAUGGAGGGUGGUCUACUUGGAGUUCAUGGAAUCAGUGCUCUAAAUCGUGUGGACUGGCAGGUAUGCGAACUCGAGAAAGGACAUGUUGUUGUCCUAAGCCUCAAUAUGGCGGUAAAGAAUGUAUAGGAAACACGGCUCAAUCAAAAGACUGCUUUCCUACAGAAUGUCCACCGGCGUGGGGUGAAUGGGGUGAAUGGGCAGAUUGCAGUGAAACAUGUGGAUACAACAGUUAUCGUUAUAGAGAGAGAAGCUGCUUUAACUUGGUAGAUGGAACGAAGGCUGCAAAUUGUUCUAAUGGCAACUCCACUGCUUUUGAUAGCGAGAUUUGUUUCAGUAAGGAAUGUCCGAGUUUUCAGAAGUUUGUUGCCAUGCCUGAAGACCAAACUGUAGUUGUUGGUGGUGUGGCUAAGUUUGAUUGUCGUUAUGAACCAGAAGACCUACUCAUGAAGUGGUUCAAGGGUUCAAUAUUAAUAAAAUACGCUGUGAGACCUGAACGAGUCAGGAUUGGGAAUGGCAGUCUCAUGAUAUUGGAGGUUGAAAAGAGUGAUAGUGAAACUUACACAUGUCAAGUAGCAGAUAGACGUGCAACAGCCAGUCUUACAGUGAAACUGUCAUCAGAUACAAGUGACGGUAGCAAGAGCAAGUCUAGUAGUAGUGGAAUCACUCUGCCAGCAGUUGGAUUGAUGAUUGUCAUUGGGAUAGUUGCAAUACUUAUGGUUUUGGUAGCCAUUAUCUUUGUGCGGAGGAAACGUAGUACAUUUAAUUUUUUCAAAACAAGCCACCCACCAAUUGAAAUUCAAGGAGCUCAGUUAAUGCAAUCUCAGCCACGAGGAAGCACAUCUACUGAAAUCACUAUUGUACCUAGUCCAACAGCAAAGGAGAAUUACUACGUGUCCGGUCCUAUUGCAAAGGAAGAUUCUGUUUUUCAAGAGGCAGUUGAUGCUGAGAGGCCAGUUUCUCCAAGCUCUCCUACAACUAAUAGAAAUUCUUCAGUAUCUGUUUUUGAUAAUCAUGAAGAAGAAUUACCUCAUGAGAGGAAACAGCGACCUCGAACUCUCUCAAUUGACGGAUUUCGAAAUCCAAUGAAACUCAAGAGCUCAUUGUCUUCAUGUCCACGUUCUGCUCCUGCAACUCCACUAGACCAUCGAAGUGAACUUGAAGAAAUUCACAAGAAUUCAUUGAAUGAUCAGAGACUGCCAGGAAAUUUCAGAAUAUCAGGAAAAUCUAGAACACUCACUUCACCAGUAGGAGUUUCGCGUCGUCAUUCUGCCAAUAUAGUUGACUCUGAUAUAGUUGUAUCACCGAGUUUGACUCUGCCUCGAGUUAAGGCAAGGCCAAGCAACAGUCUUGCUCUUGGUGGAAAUCAGUGGACAAUGCCUAAUCCCCCGAUUGCGCAGUCAUCUGAUCGUAGCAAUGAUCAUACACCUAUUGCUGAGUCAAUACCAAUGAAAGACAUGACUAGGCAAAGAGCAUCAGUCCCAUAUGACUUUGCUGCUGCCAAUGGCUUCUAUACGGGGCAAACCAAUUACCCGGAGCGACAUAGACCAUCAGGUAGCAGCACAGCAGGUUACCACAAUCAGCCUCCAGCAAAUAGAGGACCUCCUAAGAGAAGUCAAAGUUACGAUUCUCACUACCUCAUUGACAAUCAGUCAUCUCCUGGUCCACAGUCUUCAUUUGUUGAUGUCAACCCUGCACUAGAACGGGUUCAGAGUCCAAGGUCACAAGACAGUGAUGAUGUUUUUGAUACAGACACAGGGCAGAAGUCUGAGGCAAAUGCACUCUCUCGUUACUUUUCAGUUCCUGCGAAUCACGAUAAUUACCAAAGCUCAGUACAUGACAGACGGAGAUCGGAAACAAACUUGUAGAAGGUGUAUUUGUCGUUUUACUUCAAUUUUUAGAAAGUUUCAAGGCUUAUUGUGAUGGAACAGACUGCAAAAGUAAUUCUAUGAGAGAUCUUGCACUACGUUUGUUCAACAAUGCCUUUUCUGAUAUAUUAUUGGUAGUUUGUUAUGUAUUAUUCGAUUAUUCAUUUUAGUUUGUAGACUCAG